AUGGCUGAAAACGCGGCCGCUGCAGCCCCAACUCCGGCUCCGACUCCGGCUCCAGCUCCGGCUCCAGCUCCAGCAAAUGGCCGUGUUGCCUCUCCACCCGCGCCUAAUAACACUAGCACACCAGGCAAUGAUGCAGCUGAGGUUUUGCCUGGUUAUUCACCCCCAAGGGGCACUUCUCCUGCAUCUAGGGAUGAAAUGGUCGAUGAAUUAGAUCCAGCUCGGAAUGGGAGAUCCUAUCGUUUGUGCAAGGAAUGCCGUAGUAUUUUACCAACCAGGUGGGCUUACUGGUUAAAGAAACGGGACCCAGAAACACCUCGGGGCUUCUGGUUUUUCGUAACAAUGGCCUGGCGUUUCCUCCUCACCAAUAAAUGCCCGGAGUGUAAAUCCAAAGGAAACGGCCGACGUGUUUCCCCCCCGCAAGGGCAGUCGCCGGUUCGGUCAAUGCGGCGAUCGCAGGAGGAGACUCAGGGGUUGGCGGAUGUGGGGAGACCGGAGUAG